AUGUAUGACCCUGCCCGGGAUAGCUUUACCACGUCCGACGAAUCGCCCUCUCGGAAGACGGGAAGCUCCACAAAAUGCUCCCCUUUCCACAGCCAAGGCAAUGUGUUGGGCGCGACUGACCUGGACUCAGAGCAAGGAAACGAGCCACAUCCGUCAAUGCUUUCGAACGCAAUCGAUGCCACAGUGCCAAAGCCGCUUCAUCCUAUCAUGAGUCCUGUUCCCACGACAGUUGAGAAUCGUCGCCAUACUUCUUCAAAGGUUCAGUCCAACUUACCUUUAGACGCAAUGGAAUCCUCGAAAAUCGAAAAUUCCUCAUUACCUUCCGAGGACGUUACGGCUGAGCAGAAUAGCAUCGACCGGAAGGGAUCCCAAGUUCACGACGCCGAAACGUCAAAAGAUGAUCAUCAAAAGUCGACUCAAGGGUCUGCUUCCCCGAUAGGGAAAACUGAAAAGCCAGUAACGGCAGAAAGAGCGUCGCCUGGUGGAGCGCAUAGUGAUAAGAAGAGAAAGCUAGCUGACGAACCGGCGGAGAACCCAGCAUUAGACAAAGACCAGCCUCGUACCAAACGCAAGCGGCUUCAGGAACGCCUUCAGAAGAAUCGCAGACGUGGAAAGACUCCUCCGUCAGCUUACUCUCGUAGGGAUGACGGUCCUCGAAUCCAGCCUGACGCGCGACCACCCAGAUCACCAUCACCCAUAACGCGUUCCCCCUCCCCAUCUGCUGCUCCCAUACGCCAGCGUAAACGACCAGGUGGCGGAGCACGUAUCAAUUCUGCAAAUAUGGAAGCUUUAAAACGAAGACAAGAAGAGAGAGAACGGAAACGAGAAGAGGAAGCACAAAGAGAGCUUCGUGAUCGUGGAGUACAUGAUGUCGUUCGGCAACAUUACAACGCCGUUCCUGAACGAGGUCGAGAAUGGCGUAAGACUGACAGCAAGAUUAAGGGGCUCCGAAGUUUCAAUAACUGGAUCAAAAGCACAAUUAUUCAAAAAUUCUCUCCCGAUGAAGAUUUCUUGGCGAGAAAUAAUGGCAAUGGCUGGACUGGAGGGCCUCCAACGGCACCUGACGAGGAGAAGCGAUUGAUUGUGUUAGACGUGGGGUGUGGCAAAGGAGGUGAUCUGGGGAAAUGGCAGCAAGCACCUCAACCUGUUGAGCUUUACGUUGGCCUAGACCCCGCAGAAGUAUCUAUCGAUCAGGCUAGAGAUCGAUACAACGGCAUGAGACACGAUAGGCGACGACGGAGGGGAAAUCCUUUGUAUCAUGCUGAAUUCCACGUAAAGGAUUGUUUUGGCGAAUCGCUUGGCAACCUAUCCAUCAUCCAGCGUGUUGGGAUCGAUACCAACAUCGGCCCGAAUGGGUCUCUAAUGAGUUCUCGCUGGGGUGGUGGUGGAUUCGACGUCGUCGCGUCGAUGUUUACUAUGCACUACGCAUUCGAAAGCGAAGAAAAAGCUAGACAAAUGCUUCAGAACGUCGCUGGUGCACUUAAGAAAGGUGGAAGGUUCCUUGGUGUUGGACCAAAUUCAGAUGUUCUCAGCGCCAAAGUAGUGGAGUUCCACAAGAAGCGCAAAGAACAGUUGGCUGCCGCUGGGACACAGGAGGCGGACAGCAAGCAGGAAGGGAAAUAUGCAAGUGAAGUGCUCGAAUGGGGAAAUAGUAUCUACCGUGUGAGAUUUCCCCGCGCUACCCCUGAAGAUGGAAUAUUCAGGCCUGCCUUUGGGUGGAAGUACAGCUACUUUAUGGAGGAGGCAGUUGAAGAGAUUCCGGAGUAUGUGGUGCCCUGGGAAGCCUUUCGAGCGUGA